AUGGCUCAAUUUCAAGAAAGAACCAAGGCGACAUGUCUGCCGACCCGUUCCUGCACAAGUCUCCCAGGGACCGGCCGACUGCAGAGACGGAUGGGUUUGGAGGACUUCACCUUUGACAGCUUUGAGCUGCUUUACAGUGGAGCUAUCGAUAAGAUCAAAAGCCACAAAAGUAACCUCAACCUCAAGGAGGAGCUGAGGAAGCUGCGGGAAGAGACCAAUGUGGACUCUCUGCGGCAGGAGCUGGACAGAGAGCGAAGCAAGAGGAUAGACCUGGAGCAAAAGAUGAAUGAGGUGCUCAAGACCAGGCUGGAGGACUCUCCGCCUCAGCCUCCCCGGAAACAGCAGUCUCCCUCAAACAAUGGAACAGAUAAACAGCAGAAAGAGGUCUGGAGUUCACGACUGCAGAAGUGGGUGUACGAGCGCUUCGGGGUUUACAUCGAAGACUUCCGCUUCCAGCCAGAGGAAAGCACCGUGGAGGCUGAGGAACCACUAAGUGCUAAAAGGUUAACAGAAAAUAUGAGGCGACUCAAGCGAGGAGCCAGACCUGUCACCAACUUCUUAAGGAACCUCUCCGCCUUAUCUAAUUGGCACUCCGUCUACACCUCAGCUAUUGCCUUCAUUAUCUACAUGAAUGCUGCUUGGCAUGGCUGGGCCAUUCCCAUGUUACUCUUCCUGGCUAUCCUGCGCUUGUCCUUAAAUUACCUCAUCGCCAGAGGUUGGAGGAUCCAGUGGAGCAUUGUGCCUGAGGUCUCUGAACCCAUGGAGCCUCCAAAGGAAGACUUGACUGUAUCUGAGAAGUUCCAGCUGGUACUUGAUGUCGCACAAAAAGCACAGAAUCUGUUUGGUAAAAUGGCGGAUGUUUUGGAGAAGAUAAAGAACCUGUUCAUGUGGGUGCAGCCUGAGAGCACCCGGAAGCUUUACAUCUGCCUGUGGAUGGCUUUCAUCACCUCCUGCGUGCUUCCAUACAAACUAAUGGGCUUCAUGAUGGGCCUGUAUGCCGGUAUCAAGUUCUUCAUCAUAGACUUCCUGUUUAAGAGCUGUCCGAAGCUGCGGGACAAAUACGACACACCGUUCAUCGUGUGGAACAGCCUUCCCACAGACCCUCAGCUCAAGGAGAGGACCAACGCCACUGUGUCGCGGCGGCUCUCUGGCAUUGAGAAGGUUCAGCCGGUGGUUUCUCGGAGCAGCCUCGCCACCAUCCCAUGUGGGGUGAGCAGGGAGGAGGAGGCUGGUCGCUCCCACAGCACCAAAAAAGGAGCCUUUCAUGAGAUCUUCAACCUGCCGGAGUUAGAGCGCCCUCUGACGGUGUGUGAGAACGGCUGGAGGUGUUGCCUAAUAAACAGAGACAGGAAGAUGCCCACAGACUACAUCAGGAACGGAGUGCUCUUUGUCACAGAGAAUUACUUGUGCUUUGAGAGCUCCAGCUCCAGAUCCAGCUCCUCCAAGAAGAACAAAGUUAUCAAGCUGGUGGACAUCACUGACAUACAAAAGUACAAAGUGCUGUCAGUUCUACCAGGAAGUGGGAUGGGCAUCUCUAUAGCUACUCCUUCCACUCAGAAGCCAUUGGUGUUUGGUGCCAUGAUCCACAGAGACGAGGCUUUCGAGGCCAUCUUUACCCAGUACAUGAAGAUCAUGACCACCACCAAACCACCGGCCAGCGCAGAGCUCUAGACAGCCUGUAUCCCAGCAACAGAGCUCCAUAGUGGCGCUGAAGUCUGGGCCAGAGAGCCUCCUGAGAUUCAACUGGACUGGAACAUACUUUUAAAAAACCCACCACACUCCUCUGCUCUCUUCCUCCUCUUGUGAUGGGCAUCAGCUUCCUCAUCGGCCUAAACUGGUGGACUUCCUAUUUAGGUCACGUUGGAGAGGACAUGUAAGUGUGUCUGUGUAGUAAGGAUUUAGUUACAUCACACACUUGUGUGGGUGUUGGAUAAUGAACAAAAUCCGAAACCAGUGGAGAGGAGGAGCGAGGACAGUGUGGUUUAUCAAUCAGCAGAAGGCUGGCGAGGAGGCUGGUUCUCCUCUCCCUCCUCACUGACUGGCUGAAUGGUUUCCUGACUGACUUGUUUCUGUGUUUGCAUGUGUGAGUGGGUGUGUGGGCAGACAUGAUCGUCUUAAAUUGCGUCAAGUGGCUCUAUGUUGCUCUUUAUUAGUAAGUCAAUGGAGUGACCUCUAUUGUGGUAGGAAGAUUUCAAGUAGUGCUCAACCCUGGCUGUCGAAUGAAUAUCAUAAAACAAGUAGAAGAUAAACAAGAGGUCCUUUUAACUGCCAGACAUCUGUAGGAACAAAUAUGAACAUUUUAGCUUUAUGAAUCAGUGCGUAAACAAGCGUUGAUGUUGAGAUGUUUAGACAUUGAAGUGGCUGAUCGGUGCCUAGUGGCCUAGCCCAACAAAAUGAGUGUGUGUGAGUGGUCAGUUUUUUAUAAAUGUGUAUUAGCUGUGAAAUUGUCAGAUCACCGUUUGACUGACACGGAGCCUUUCUGUUAGUUUACAUUUGCUGCUGUCUAAUUUUUUUAUUUUUAUUUUUUUUUCCUCUUCUUUCUAGACACAUUUCAGCAGCGACGGUAUGUUUUAGUCUUCUUUGUCGACCUAACAGAAAAUGUACGCUGCGUUCAGCAUCCGCUUUGGUGUUUUUCAAGUGUGCGUAUGUGAAACGUCUAGUGACAUUUUUUUCAAAAUGCCUUUCUUUUGAAAAAUGUCUCUUUGUAACAAAACAGCCUUUGGGAUGAGUCACUGGCGAUCCUGGAGCUGCUGAUUGCGUCCAAGACGAGAGCACAACCACCGUUAGAUGGUUCAAACACUGACUGCCAUUUAAAACUAGACCGCAGAGAACAUCUCCUCCCAUGUCUCAGCUUCUCUUUUCAAGGCACAAUCUGUACAUAUAUAGAGAGAUUUCUUUUUCUUCCAUCAACGGUAUUCUUCCUGCACUUUAUUAGAACGUUAACUGGAAUUUAUGUUGCAGACUAGACUUUACAUGCUCGUUAAUUCAGCUGGAAUCCAUGGGCAGUGUCGGCAAGUAGUCUCGAUGCUAGCGCUCUGUCUGACGACUGCCUACCAGCACAUCUCACAUCCUGCUGGUGUCAGCGCGGUCGCAGCACAUUGUGUUAGUACCAGGUCGACGUCACAGCGAACAAACCUUCAAACUGACCAUAAAGAACCAGGUACUUCGACUUGAAAAUAUAACCACUGGCAGAUUAAUUUCCACAAAGGCGCCUAACACACUCCAGUGUUAUUUCAGCCUUUGAAUUAUGAAUCUAAUCUUCUGGGUGAUCUCAUAGAUGUGCAUCUGGUCAGACUGUCAGCAGACAUUUAAAUUCUGGAUUUGUUUGUGUAAAUCCAGCACUUUGAGCGAUUAGUUCCUUUUUUUUUUUGUUUGCUUUUUGUUCCUCUCAUCUGCAAUGCCACAGUGAGUAGAGAUGGACGUCUGGGUGCUCUUCCACUUGUUCCAGAUCAUCUCAAUGUAAGCUUUUUGUAAACGCUCGUAUAUGAAGUAUGGGGAUAAAGGUGGAGACUGGACAGAAUAUUUCAACGUCACUUUUUUUUUAAAGACACCGUUCACAAGAGUAAAGCCGGCCUUUACUCUCGCAGAACGGUUUGAUAUGUAGAGACAUGAUGCCAAACUACACCGGAGCCCUCGCCGUGUGGAAUGGAGAUGAGAUACUGGAGGUCAUGAUUUCUCUUCAGAUUUUAGUACGAGAGACAGUAGCUAUUCCACUGUACGCCCAGCAGCACAAGCUUUAGUUUCUAAUCUUACAAAACACUGUUAAAAGAGAGACCUUGACUUUUCUAUUUACUUUUAUUCCAGUCAUUUUUACUCACUGGAUUCUUCUAAAUCCCACUUGUGUUCUAGAUUAUAUUCCGUUAUCUGCACUUCACACUUAAAAUGUCAAGGUUUCUCUCAAAGUCUAUACAAGUCCUCUGGUCGUCAUCAAUUAGAAUGAACUGAGCUGGAUAUGAAGUUGCCAGAGAAGCAACGGACCAGUUCAAAGAGCCACUUUAUUAUUUCUUAGUUCAAACUAAUGAAGGAUGGAGAUUUUUCUUUCACAUCCAUUUGUAUGAUUUGGCCUGUUACGAAUAGGCUGCUUUCCCAGACAUGGAUUUUCUAUUUUUGUUUAGGAAUAAAUUGGAUCCAUGAACGGGGAACAUGUGGGAUUGUAGAGCAGGUGAACUCUGUAAAGUAAUUAACGCUGUCUCACUGUGUGAUUUGAUGGCUCGUUGUAGUCUUUAAAGCUUUUACCUGAAGCCUUUUGUAAUCUGUUGACUCUGAAAAGCAGCUCUCUGGGGGGGUCUGGAGACCCUAGCAAGGCUGCACUCAGAUAAAGCACAGAAUGUAUCACGUUCUAAAUGUAUAAAAUAUAUAUAUAUUUUGCCAAAUCUUUCAUUUUCUGUCUGCCAUAUUCUGCCUACUCAUGUUUACAGAAAAAUGAUUUUGUUUUUCUUUCUUCUUAACCCAGUUUGAAUUCCUUUGACUCUGGAGUUAUGAAGACUGGACUUCUGUUCUUGAAUUAAUGUCUCUGCUCUCAUUGGCUCUGCACCACUCACAUGACCAUUUCUGCUCAUCUUUUAACCAAUAGGAAACUCAAAUUAUGGCGACAAAAAGAGUAUUAUUUUAAACCCCGUACAGCAUGUAAAUUGUCCUCCAACAUCCCAGCACUUGGUUACAGUGUCGUGCAAGUAAAAGCUUCACACCGAGCAGAGAUGGUCGUUGUGAUCUGAAGCGGCAACAUCAGUGUUUUUGACCUCUAGUCUGUCCGUUGUGACUUGAUGCACCUAUUGAAGAGUGUAGAGAAAAGUAGAAAUAAAAUAAAAGUUUGAUUCACAUUGUGUUUUUAAAUGAAAUGAAAUGUGUGAAUUUAUAUUACCUUAAGACACUUUGGAGAAAAGCAGCAGAUUUCCAAGAAAUAGUGCGACUCUUUGGGAAAUUGCAAUUACAAAGCUAGCCUAGCUUAGCUUAGCCUAGUUUAGCUUAGCGAGGUGAACCAUGCUAACUGUUUCCAGUCUUUAUGCUGCUGGCUGUUGAGGUGGACAUUAUGAAUCACUUUGCUGAUUCGACUCUUCUCUGGUAGUUCAGUUUAAAGAUUUGUAGUCACUUUGUAGUUCCAUCCCUUUUAUCUAAGAUGAUUAAGGUAUUGCAUCUUGUUUAAAUGCACUUCCACACAUACAUCAGAAGUCUCGACUACAACACGUGCUGUUAGAAGUUGAAACCUUUUAUAUUUAAAUCAUUACUUUGGGAGCAUACAUGACAAAACUACACGCAUUGUUAAACCAACGAUGGUCCGUAGGAAACAGAGUUCAUUAAAGGCCACUAAAAACAAUAAAUCUUCAGUAAGAAACAAUAAUGUGUUCGACCCAAAUGUGAAGCAGAUUAUUACAUCUCAUUACUCGAGAGAAUACGGCCACCGGAGUAUUUCUUUACUCGCGAUCUAACUGCAGCUAACGUUAGCGCUAACUUGGUUCACAGUAAAGUCCAACCAAUAGCUGGAAUAAAGUAACAGACGCAUAUUUUCAGAAUGUACCGUGUAGUUCUACGGCUCUUCAGCUCUGUUUGUUUGUCCUCCGUUUCCCGGUUACUCACUUUUUGUCUCUCCCACGACGUUAUUCCCCUCCUACAGCGUCCAUUACAAUUACAUGCAAAUUGCCAAUUAGGCAAUGACGUCAUUUAGCGACUUUUAGGACAGCCAAUAGCUGCUUUCCUUACUGAAGAGUUGGCAACACUGAGCCUGACCGUCACACACAUUUACACAUCUACUCGCUUUCUUUACAUUGACUUUGUAUACGAUCGCGCUGUGCGGUCCGAACACACCUUUUUAAGUUUCAUACAUUUGACUUUACUCUCCUAGACAUGGAUUGAGUCACACGAUGUAUACUGUUGAGGCUCUGUUCCAAGGCCAGAUAUGGAGUUAUUUGCAUUAUUACAACACUGACGUGCAGCACUGUUUCAGCCUGUCUUCAGUUCGUUAAGUUUAUUACAAGAUGUGGUCUAUACAAGCAGUUUCUAUGACUAACAGCUCAGCAGCCACAUGAUUGUUUCCAUAGUGAGCUUUGAACUGUCCACUGCCUAAAGCUACUGAUUCACUUUCAUUAGUUAGAAGCUUCUGUGUCAAAGAUUAGUCCCUAUAUGAAACUUAACAUUAGGAAGCUUAUAAAAAUGUUUCCCAAAAUGUCUAAAUGAGCUUUUAUGAAUGGUAAACUGCGCAUAACGACUGCCAUACUGUGUACUAGCUACUGGUAAAUAAUCCAGAACGGUUUGAGGGUUAGCUGCUGUGUUUAACCCGAGUCAAAAACAGUGGUGUUGUCCUCUCAGUGUUCUCCUGCGUUGAAGCUGCUGUCCUCGCUGUUGUAUUAAAUAUAAAGUUCCUCUAACUGUGUAAGUGUUGAUUAAGGGUUUUCCAAAUGCAUUUCCAGCAUCAAAGUGUUCCACACAGCGCUAACUGUACCAGAGACGGAUCGUCUCAAGGCUGAAAAAAGCCUUAAUCUGACGUGUUUGUUUUAUAGAAUUUAAAAAGUUAAGUGAAUUAACUAAAAGAUCCGGUCCUGUUUUAUGGACAGUCAGUCCUCAUAAACGUGGUACAGUCAGUGAAUUGCUAAUUAAAACCCGAGUGUGAGUGGAGAAACACUGCAGUCAUUACCACCAGUAAUUAAUGUGUCAUCUGUGACUUCCUCUUUUUCUUUCUCCCUUUCUUUUUGUCUAAGAGGAAUUUGUAUACAAAUUAUUAGAAAUGUACAGUGAAUAAAAGAAAAACCAGUGAGUUUUUAAAAGACAUGUCUAUUGUAAAGGAUAAUGUGAUGUACAUUUUUUUUAAUUUAAGUAAAUGAAUUUAAGGUA